AUGAUGAACAGAUUUCAGGAUAUUGAUGGGAAACCUCAUCCAUAUCUAGAUCAAUCUGGAUCAGACAAAAAGCUAUUCUUUGAGGUGGAUCUUGCUGAGAUUUCAGAAGAUAGUGAAAACCUUUGUAUGUCACCAUUAACAGUACUCUUUGUGGUAUAUUCAGAAUUGUUGAUGCCAGUUGCCAUCUGCGACCAUCAUAGAAAUAGGGUUUCUAUACCUGCAACGGAUGCCCAUGAGCGGAGGGAAAUUGAAAGAUGGACAAAAGAAAAAAUGAAAUUUGACAUGAUGGAUGCACAGUACCAUGAAUCUAUUACUCACUUAGGGUUCACACAUAUGUUGAUGGAUGGUGUUAGCGUCUGUGCUCGUAGAAACCUCUCAGACAGACAUCCACUUCUGAUCCUACUGGCUCCUCAUUUCCGAUACAUGCAUCAAAUCAAUUAUCUUGCAACUGUGAGGCUCUUAAAUAAAAACGGUUACGUCGAUCAGGAUAUGUUGAUUAGCCGAAAGGAGAUGUUAAUGGCAGUGGCGAAACACAACAGGACAUGGCGUCUAGAUCACCAUGGAUCAUUUAAAAAAGAUUUGAGAACGAGAGGUGUAGAGAAUCUUCCUGGAUACUACUUCAGAGAUGAUGCCAUGAAGGUGCAUGAAGCUAUCCAAGACUUUGUCGAUGAAUACGUCAAACUAUAUUACGGCUGCAACGAUGACGUGAGCAAGGAUUAUGAGCUUCAGGAUUUCAGAACGGAGCUCACAAAACAAAGGAAUUUGAAUGGCACAGGUGGAUGUGGCAUGCAGGGGGUUCCUGAAUUUGAGAACAUAGAAAACGUUGUCACGACCUUGACAAGUUUCAUCUUCAUUUGUAGUGUUGAACACUCCGCUGCAAAUUUUCCUCAAUUUGACCAUUAUGGAUAUCCACCAAAUCAUCCAGCCAUCCUGGACAUGGCAGAACAUAAAGAUGUCGAGGAAGGGAUUGAUGUCUUAAUGCCAACUACGAAACAGUUCUUUUCCACUUUGAGCAUCAUGAAAAUUUUAACAAUGGUUAUGACGAACAAACUGGGUACCUACGAAAAGGAAUACUGGGACGCAAUGGAUAGAUCAGCCAAAGGGAUUAUCGAAAGCUGA